AUGAAACCAAUUAGAAAGCCAGUUUCAACGUUCCCCAAGCAAUCCCCUAAUCAUCCUCUACUCCAAAAAUCUUCUUCUGAGAAGAAAAGCAAAUUUCUAGUUCAAUUUAGAACUGAUAACUUCAUUACCAAGUCCGAUGUUAAGAAAUUCAAUGCAGCCAGCAGUACUACUCCAUCGGAUAAUGUCGUCGGACCGUCGACAGUCCUGCAGGAGGAGGAUAAUAUUGAUCAUAAUGAUAUAAUAAGUUCCAGUCUGAAAAAAGAAGAUAAAUGGGUGAUGUGUAGUAGUGAGAAUAAGAAGAAUGUGAGGAUCAAGAAACCACGUUUUGCGAUUUCGCUAACGAAAGGGGAGAUUGACCUUGAUUUUCUUCAAUUGACUGGAGUAAAACCUAAGAGAAAGCCCCGGAAGAGAGACAAUAAUGUGCAGGCAAAUCUCGUUAACACGUUUCCUGGUCAUAACACCAUUAAUUCCAGUGCAGCUACCCUUGCAAAAUUCAACAUAUUGCAGAGCCAUGCAGCCAAGACCAGGGAUGUCAUGGAGCUAGGUAUGCUUUGCGAAUCAGUGUCGGACAAGAUUAUCAAAGACGGGAAAAAUGACCGAGUAGAAGUACUAUAUAAUAUUGCAGAUAAUGAUCAGGACAGGACCUUGAUCCUUACAAAUCUAACUGGCAAUGUAACUGAUGUUGAAGGAUCGUCGUUGAAAGGAAUUAACAAUGAUGUUGUUCCGAGUAUGGGCAAAGAAAAGAGAUCGAGUCAGAAGGAGAUCAAGAAACCAAGUUUUACUGUUUCGCUAACGAAAGACGAGAUUGAACUUGAUAUUCUUCAACUGACUGGAUUAAAACCUAAGAGAAAGCGCCAGAAGAGAGAUGAUGAUGUUCAGAAAAAGCUUGAUAGCACGUUUCCUGGUCUUAAGUUGUAA